AUGGCUCAGUUUAUAGACGGUUUACAAGAGCGUAUAGCCCGUAAGGUGGAACGAGAUCAAUAUAGUGGGAUGCAUGAACUCUUUCACUUGUCAGUGCAAGUGGAGCAGCAGAUCAAGCGCAAAACGGCCUUGUCAAAUAGAAACCGUGCCCCUCAGACCUGGAACGCUAGUAGUUCCAAACCGGUGGACAAAAGAAAGGCUAUAGAAAUCGAUUCACGCUACAAAGGCAAAGCUCCAAAACAGCUAAGACCUCACGUGUGGAGCAAGGGAGUGCCCAAAUCAGCGUGUAAUGGUGUUGCUACCCGUGGAGACUAUGAGUCUCAAGAUGAGCUCAAUGAUGAGCCAGAUGAUCUCGAAGAAGAAGUAGAGUACCCUGACAUGGGAGAUCUCUUGGUGACUCAACGUGUGCUCAGUGUCCUUGUCAACCCUGAGGAGAAGCUCCAACGUGAAAAUUUAUUUCACAUUCGUUGCACCAUCCGAGACAAGGUAUGUAACUUAGUCAUUGAUGAAGGAUCGUGUGCUAAUGUUGGUAGCAAGUUUAUGGUGGACAGGUUGGGACUAGAAACCGUUAAUCACCCUCGACCAUACAAGCUACAAUGGCUCAAUGACAUGACCGAGCUGAAAGUUACUGAGCAAGUCAUCGUUCCCUUCAGUGUAGGCAAAUACCGAGAUCAAGUCUUGUGUGAUGUAGUGCCGAUGCAGGCUGGACAUCUUUUGCUAGGGAGACCUUGGCAAUAUGAUCGCGUCACAUUGCACAAUGGACAUACCAACUUCUAUUCAUUCACUCACAGAGACCACAAGUAUAACUUGGCCCCACUUACACCCUCCGAGGUACAUGAAUUACAAGCUAGAAUGAGCAAGGAGCACCAGGUAAGUAAAACUAACUUAUAUUUCACUUCUGGUGCCAUUUCAAAAACUUUAAGUGCCAAAGGCACUGUGCUACUAAUGGUCUACAAAGAAUGCUUGAGCGCAGGAAAUAAGGAGUUAGACAUACCCCCGGAGAUUCAAGCUCUCAUUGAACGAUUCAAGGAUGUUUUUCCUGAUGAAAUACCAGCCGGCCUGCCCCCCAUUCGAGGAAUUAAGCAUCAAAUAGACCUCAUUCCAGGUGCAGCAUUGCCCAACAAACCAGCCUACAGAAUGAAUCCCGAGGAAAGCAAGGAGCUUGAGAUGCAAGUAAGAGAAUUGAUGGACAAGGGCUAUGUGCAAGAGAGCCUCAGCCCGUGUGCGGUCCCUGUGUUGUUAGUGCCUAAGAAAGAUGGCACUUGGAGGAUGUGCGUCUAUUGUAGGGCUGUUAACAUCACAAUCAAGUACAGACACCCUAUAUCUCGUCUUGGCAACAUGCUUGAUGAACUAAGUGGUGCAACAAUCUUCUCAAAGGUGGAUCUCAAGAGUGGGUACCACUAG